AUAAAUAAAUAAAUAAAUAAAAACACCAAUUAUGUACGCUACAGGUACAACGUGUAAACCUUAACGAUAUAUUUUUAGAGAGAAAACAAGUGUGAGGUAUUUUAGAAAUCCUGUUAGUGUUUUUAAACCCUACCCCUUAACUUCCUGUGCAAAAUAAACAAAUGGAGGUGGAAACGAGGGACCAGGAGAAUACCCAAACAUGUACUCGUACUCGUACUCGUACUCAGGAUUUAAAAAAAACAAAAUGCCUGGAAGAAAAAGAAAAUACAACACAAGGUUUCCUCCCCUUUUUUUUCAUAACAGUCUCGUAUCAAGAAAAUAAUGCAAAAAGAUAAAGAAGUGGGUAAGGUUGCAGCUGCUGUACCUGUUAUUAUAUCCAGAGCUCUGGAGAUGUUUCUGAAGUCUCUUCUGACACAGACCAGUCAAAUCACCCAGUCCAAACACACCAGAACCAUGACCCAGGCGCACUUCAUGUUUUGUGAUUCUAGGAGGCAGUGUAUUAACACAGAGAAGCACUUUGAUUUCCUGAAGGAUCUGGCAGCUCAGUUACCAGCUCUCCGGCCCUCCCAGGAACAGGGCUUAGCCAAGGGAGUCUGGACAAGUCACAGGUGGCAGGAUCUGGGACAGAAAGCCAAACGUGGUCCAACAUGGAAAGUGCCAUCAAAAAAGGUUGGGGAAUCUCAGAUUGUUACUAGCCAAAUGCAAGAUUCCAUGGAAACUCAGCCAGAUUCUGAUGACUCUGAACCAGAGCUAGUAAUUUGCCUGGAUAAACGUGAGUCUCCAUCUCACAUCAGUAGGUGGAACACACAUUCUGGACGGUCAAGAUCCAGCUAUUUCAACAGUUCUUGUACCCAUGAGAUCUUAUCAAAAUAAUCAACAAAGACGGCUGACACUAAAAGCUACUGGAUUGUCAACUUUUAAAAAUAUAUAUAAAUAUGUAUAAAUACAGAUUUUUGCAUAUAUAGAUCUUUAUUUUGAUAUUUAAAGUUUUAUCUUAAUAAUGUUAAUGUAAACAAUUUAAAAAAUAUGAAUUAAUAAGCUCCCACAGAUUAAGGAGGCAAAAAUUGUCAAGGACUGUUUCUCUUCACCACGCUACAGUGGACCCAGCAGGCCAGGUGCUCGUUUAGCUCAAUGGCUUUUCUGUUCAGGGCUUGUAGCUUGCAGCUUGCUGACAUCUGCUCACCCACUGACUGUUUUGGGAAUUGGGGUAAAAUUAUUGGACACACUAAAUUUAUUAAAAAAAAAAAAAAAAACAUAGAAAA